AUGACUGUAGCGGAUCUGGAGUUCCCAGGGUCGCUGCUGGGGACGAUCAUGGACGGGUUGGGCAAGUGGCCUUGGACGGUUUGGCCUAACCACAUGCGCUCGUGCCUCGCUGCCGCUGCUCGCUUACUCCACGCUGCUGGUGAUGCGGCUGGUUCAGCACCCGUCGCAGCAGACCCGGACGAGUCAGGCUCCAUAGUGAGUCCCGCGGUGCGAGAAGAGGCUCAGCGGCUGAUGAGGCGCGCUGUGCUGAAGCGCAAGCUGGCGACUCUCUUCAGGGAAGCCGCGCCGAGCCUGUUUGAGAAGUGCCUGGAUGAUAGGGCGAUCUGGAAGUGGGGAAGAGAUGUGCAUGGGAAUAUUUUCGAGGCGUUUUUUUCUCUUAUGGAUGUGAUUGUACUGAAGCUGCCUGAGUUGAUUAUAGCGAGGGAGGCUCUGGCGGAUGCAGUGGGUGCUGCUGCUGGAGACGGGGUGAUGCUGGGUGGGGGGGAGGGGGACGGGCAGGGGGAGAGAGUGAGGGAGAGGAAGGAGGAGGUAGAGGAGGCAGAGAGGAGGAGUGUGGAGGUAGAAGAGGAGAUAGCAGGGCUUCUAACAGCCAUGGCGCAGGGAUGGGACAGCACGUGUCAGUUCCACUGCAAGCACAAGAACGAGCAGCUGCCACGUGUCGCGCCGCAAUUGGACCGCCCGUGCUUCUAUGCCACCUCCCAGCCUCUAGACCCCGCCCCUAUCGGCCCCUCCCUCCCCGGAUCCCAGGCGGCUGGGGGGAGGAGAGGAGCGGGGGAAAGGGGGGAAGAGGGGGAGGGCGGAGGCGCGGGCGCACACCAAUGGCUAGUGUGGUUUUUGAAUUACUUUGGGCAGACGGCGUAUGGGAAUGGGUAUGAGCGCGUGGUGCAGGUGCUGCUGAGGCUCACGGCAGGCUUUGAGCGGCAGUUCGCUGCCCAUGCUGCCAGGAUAGAAGUAUUUAGACUAGAGCAGGAACUGAAGCAAAACCAGGAGCGGGAAGGUGGGGAGGAUACCGCGGGCAGGAAAGCGGGGUCACCACCCCCAUCGCCAUCCCCAUCUCUCCCACGCCGGCCCCUCCCGCGUAUGCCUCUGGUGGUGGUGGAGGCGCUGCUGCGUCCCCUGGCAACGGCAGCUGAGUUUCUCACUCCUCAUGUCGGCAACAUGUUACUGCGGGUAGGUGCCUUUGAGUGA